UUACGGUAAUAACGGUUGGCGCAUCGAAAAACCGACUUUACUUGGCUGUAUGGUCGCCCAUCACUAGGCCGGGAGUGUUUAUUGAUUUUUUGACAUUACUGCAAACUUCGGUAAAAUCUGGACGGAUUUGGAAAUUAUUAUAUUUAAAUCAACUUAUGUCUAAAUCAAACACAAUGCUACUACUAGUGUUUCAGGUAUAACAUCAAAAAUGUUUCCGAUCUAGUAGAGUACGUAAAUGCAGCUGCAUUUGAUUAAAAAUAAUUACUGCAAAGUACACAGUGAAAAUCUAUAAGCGAAAAGUAUUUAUUUUGUAUGCCCAGUGUCCGGUGUUUUGUUAAAUUGUGGUGCGAAUGUGCGAGUAAUUAAAUAUAUAAAUUUAUUUAUUUUAAAUGUACACAGUGUUCUGAUAUAGCAUAAGCCAAAUAAAUUAUUAAUGAAAAUUAAUAAUUUAUUUUAAAUUUCCCAGCAUUUUCAUGAAAUAUGCGAUGUUCGAAGAAUAUACGGAAAUUCAAAACACUCAUUUGUUAUAUAGAUGUAGAAUUUAGGUUACCGAAUAUAGGAAAACAGAUCAGCUAGCGUUUAGAUGAAUAUUUAUUUUAGUAAUGCUAUGCAAGGCAGAUGAAUGUCUGCUGUGAUGCGCUGCAUAUGUGCGAAUAUUUCAGUAAGAUGUUAUUAAAAAUUGUUGCUUGAUAGCCAAUGAUUUCAAUAUGAUGCGAAAUGGUGGUAUUGCAGAACUAAUAAGAAACCAACAACAUGACUCUAAGGAUGCAAGUACCAGAAUUGCGAUGCAUGGAACCAGAGAACUACAAGAAAUACUUCCGAGCAUUGUGCUGGAGCGGCACCAAGAAAGAAAAAAGAUCUCAUAAGAAAAUCGGUAAGAAAGAGAAACUACGACGAUUAAAAGCCGCCAAUGCUCUUGCUGUCUGCUAUGCACCAGCACUUCUGGGCAACCCAUCUCAAUUCGCCGUAUACGCUAGUGUACGGCGAACGAUAUUAUCUCGCUGGAAACAUCUACAUGGCAACGUCUCCGAACUGUCUGAUGACAGCGAUAGCGAGGAUUCAGCACAGCUACCACCCAACAAAUUACCAAAAAUCACAGGUAUAGGCCUUCGCACCGUAUUCACCCUAAUAUCUCAAGCGCGUUUCACAGACGCACACUUCUGUGAAAGCGCGCUUGUUGCUUUGUUAGACGUGUUGCAGGGCCAUGCCCCCGAAGAACUAGCCCAGGAACCCACCGAGAUUAUAACAAACCUUCAUUCAAUGCUCGUGGAAGUCGCUAGUGGAAGUGGGCCAAGUGGUAAAGUGGAGUUGCCGACUUCACUCACAGCCCUCAGUAGCUCUUGCCUCAUAGCCCUGUCUGUUGCAAGAGGCGAGGCAGAGCUCAUACUAAACGCUGUUGCCUCGCUUACGAUGUCCCCCUCAGCACUAUCCGAGCAAUAUCUUCAGGUACCGUCGAACCUAACAACACUCCAGCGGAGCGUCCAAUCAGUGAUACUCGGCUCUCCGUCCCGCAACCAAUGGUUGAACUAUGGCGUCCCUCACCAGUGUCUAGUCAAUAGUUUCCCUGUAGAUCUCCCCUCACAGCUGACCGCCGGCUCUACCGAGCUUGUGGUGCGUUCCCUAGUAUCUGAUGGCUGCUUUCUAUACGUCUUUACAUCCAAAGGCCUGCUUAAGAUUGGAUCAGGGUAUGGCAGCUCCAUACGACAGCACGUUUAUUUGUACAAGCCAGAUUUCUUUGCCAGUGAUCGACAUGGCUGGCUAGGUUAUUGUAAGGAUAAAUUAUACCUAAGGAUAGGCAGGAAAAAGACUGAAGUUUAUGAAAUAGAUAAAGAAACUUUGGAAGUGAGAAACCUGAUAAGGCUGGAACCCGGACAACCGGCUCCGGUUGAACCUAAGUCUGCUGUUUUCACGGACGGCAACCAAUUGGGACUGAUAGUAUUAACCAAUUUUGACAACUUAACUAUACGUAUGUAUGACGCUGAUGUUCAGCCGGAACGAGGAGAAGGCACAGCCACCACUACUCUGGUGUCUCAGAAAGAGAUAAACGUCCACCUAUUGAGGCGUAGAACACUGAUGUUAGGCAGAAGUCCCUUCGAAGAUGGACUGUCAAGGAGAGCUGUCGAGUUAGACGCUCCCAUUGCUAUGCAAUUAGAUGAUUGUGAUGAAGAUCCUUUACUGAGCAUAUAUGGAGGUCAAGACUUCGCACUUUUAACGACGGCUUCUGGCAAGGUAUACUACACCGGCAAAGGCAGCAGUCUUGGUUACAAGGCGUCUCCUCAGACAGGCCGAUGGACUCUCAUGAAAGAGACGAUUUUCUCAAGAAACGAGGCUCCUAAUGUCAAGAGGUGCAAAGUUAUACAGGUUGCGGUUGGUCACGAGGGAGUGCACGCUAUCCUCGUCCUGGACAACGGCUCGGCGUUAUUCACCGGCAUAGCCCGUCGCGGUGAAGACGGCGACGCCAUGAAACACCGACGAACACCCAAACCGACGCGACCUAAGAAGAUAUUCAAGGCUGAAGGUCACUUCGUGGUGUACGCUGCGUGCAACUACGGCUCGACAGCUCUCGUUACAAGACAGGGACAGCUCCUAAUGUUCGGCAAGGAUACACAGCACUGCGACUCGGCCGGACAAGUGUUGGGUAUACGACAUGAGAGGAUCAUACAGGUUGCUCUCGGUAAAGCUCAUGCUGUGGCUUUAACAAAUUUCGGGCAAGUGUACACGUUCGGUAUCAACAACAAGGGCCAGUGUGGUCGUGAAUUUGGAUACACCAAAGAAAAACUGUUCCCACCUCGUCGCCGAAGUGACAGCAAGGAGGAUUCCCGUUUAUGCACAGGUUCGCACACGUGGACGACGGACUACUGUCGCGUGUGCAUACUGUGUCGCGAGUGUACUGGCUUCUCUAGCGCCUGUCAUUGUUCGCACUUGCCUAACAGAGUGCCUGGGGAAAAAUGUGGCUGCGGCGAGGGUGACAGCGGCUGCGCGGUUUGCGGUGUCUGCCGUCGAUGCGCAGACGCGUUCGUCGCUGCGAGUCGCCCUGAACGAGCACCUUCCGCUGCUUCAGUCACCAUCACAGACCUGGACGAUGAAGGGGAACCUUCAGCCAGACCCGAAUCUAGAAAUGAGCUUGAUGAGGACCCCGAUUGCUCUGCUCGAUCCAGUUCAAGAAAUGAUAAGGAGAACACUCGUUUCCCAACGUUUGAGGGGCCGGUAUCAAGUUCUGAAGUAGAACGUGAUUCGAGCAUCAAAGUGAGCUGCCUCCCGCCGGCGCGCGUCGCCGUGCCUGGCGGACAUCGUAUUGCGGCAGUCGCUUGUGGCCUACACCAUACAGUGCUGUUGACCGAACAUGGCGAUGUGUUCACCUUCGGUUCGAACCAGUACGGUCAGCUGGGCGCGGGCGACAUAUCCGUACAUCACAGGAUAGUGCGUGUGCGAGUGCCCAGAGCUGGGGGCGUCGCCGCUGGCAGCAACCACACCGCAGUACUAACGAGGGAGGGGGAACUCUACACGUUCGGGAGUUAUCAGAAAGGAGCACUUGGUCGCCCUCGUCAGGACGAGCCUCCGCGUACGGACCGGAGUCCGAUAUGGUACGCGACCCCCGGCCGAGUCCCGCGGCUCGGUCCGCGGCACUCCUGCAAAGCUGUGUGGGUCUCAGCUUCCGGAGACCAGACCUUCGUGCAGGUCUCGCAGGCGUUGAUCAAGACGGACACGUUAUUUAGCUCCACUAUUACGGCUAAUAACAAUACCAUCAUAAUCCUUCCGAAUCGCCCGGAACACACCUUCAAAUGUAUAACGAUCAAUAAAAUGGACGGAACGUGUAACACUUGGACUGGUUCCGAGCAAGUUGACUUUGUAAACACUCUGGCUUCUUUGGACCCCUUGUAUGACGUCCUGUGGUGCUAUCAACCGCAGAUGCGUGUCAUGAAGUGCUACAACAUCGUAGCGUUCGACUCUCAUAAGCUCCAAAAGUGUUGUAACGACGCAGGCGACCCAGACGGCUUUUUUGCAGAAGAUGAGGCCAUUGAAUACCCGAACUAUGGAAGUAUGAAGCGGUUGGAAGACUUCAAAAACUUGGAAAACUUUGAUCUGUCUUGCAGUAAUGAAGACAGACCGACAGAUAAUGUCGCUCUAUCGAAUGUGUCGGUUUUGAACCAGGAGCUCGCUAUACCGUCAGCUCCCGGUUGUUCUGUGACACGAAUGCAUGCUGCCUUGCAUCUUUUAGGAUGUUUAGAUUCUUUGACUUACGCACAUGAUAUCAAGCUCAGCCAAGUUGAGUGUAAAAGGGAAAGCUCGUCGUCGCCAAUCGUACCAGUCAAGGAAGACUUUCUGACAGUCAGCAGAUUUGAGAGUCACGGUGGUGGCUGGGGCUACUCCGGGCACUCUGUUGAGGCCAUCCGAUUUAUGUGUGACACUGAUAUAUUGCUAGGUGGUGUGGGCCUAUUCGGUGGUCGUGGCGACUACACAGCUAAGAUAAAACUCUACGACAUAGGCAUGGAAGGUGGAGACCAAGAGGGCGACGGGGAACUGAUGGCUGAGAGCGAUGAGAUUGUGUAUGAGUGCCCGCCAAGAGACCGGUUUCCAGUCAUGUUUGAUUCACCGAUAUCGCUUAUUGCUAACCGAUGGUACGUCGCGUGGGCGUGCAUAAGCGGACCUUCAUCGGAUUGCGGCUCAUCCGGCCAAGCUAUGGUCAUUAAUGAUGAAAUCGGCUUCCAUUUUAAAACAUCAAAGAAGUCCAACAACGGAACUGAUGUCAACGCCGGCCAAAUUCCUUGUCUGCUCUACAAUACUGUGUGCCCAGACCAGGGAUUCUCACUCAAAUCAAUUGAUAUCGGAGACCCAAUUAUAAUAUUGUCAAAGAACUUGUCCAGAAAAGUAACAGUGCCAUGCUUCAGAUCACUGAUUACUCUGCUACAAUGGAGCUGGGAUACUUUCAAAGCCAUUAUUCUAGAAACUAAUGGUUUGGUCCCGAUCAACUACCAAAAACUGACAGUCAUGAAACACCAGAAGCGACUGGUUUACGUCAUCAAAGCUUGUCUGAGACUGGUUAAGUCUUAUAUCAAUGAGAUUUACCCUCAAAAUAAUAGGAAGAGAAACUCUCACGAGUACAUGUCAUACUUUGAUGCGAUUGCUGAUGUAAGAAACUUGAUUCAAUCUAUAAUGGCGGAUCCGACGCCGACUUGCUCCAAGCUGCCUCGAAAACCCGGAAAAGUGAAGACUCAUAGAGUCUGCUACGUUCAAUUCGCCUUGGACCUGACGAGUUCGAUAUUGAAAGAAGCUCACGAUACGAUAACAGCGUGUUUCCACGCUUUCUUCCCUACACCGACAUUGAAAUGGAAUCAUUUGUGUUCCAUGCUGUAUAACGUCAAGGAUGGUGUUGUACCGCCAUCACAAGUUCGAGAAUUGACGUCUACUUGUGCAGCGAUGUGUGCGUCCCGAAGUCUGCGAGAUGUCUUGCAAUAUGUGGUCCCCGUAACACAGAGUUAUAUCAACUCCAAUGAAAAUCGACGGCCGGAGAGCAAGCAGGUUGUAAAGGAAGUUCCAUCUAAAUCUGCGACUGUGCCAAGAUCGUCGCACGCACAAAAGCCACCUCCUAUUCCGCCGAGAGCCAGUAACAGAGAUACGCCAAAACAACCAGAAGCAGCUGAAGUGAAACCUCCCAACCACACUGAAUGGCACCUGUUAGAUGUGAUACCUCGCUUGUUGGACAUCGUCAUGAUUCCCAUCAAGCAACAGAUGAUGACGCGCCAGUGCGGGCAGCCGCACGACCACGGCGAGAUCAAACAGCACGACAAACUUGCCGAAUACUGCUGCAAACUUACUGCUAGGAUUGUCGCUGAACUGUCCACUAGUGCCACCAAUAUAAGGGAGGACGUUGACUCAAACACAGUGAAAAACCUGGUCACUCCGUCCCGUUUCAUGCGUGUCAAUCAGACGCGAGCUUGGAACACCGGCAACGGUAGUCCAGACGCAAUCUGCUUCACUGUCGACCGUCCUGGUGUGACAUUAGCUGGCGUCUGUGUGUACGGGGGACUUGGAAACUACGAGUACUCACUGGAGCUUUUACACGAUGUCAGAUUACGUUCAACGGCUGACGAAGCGAAUCCUACUCAUUGCUGGGUGAGCGUGGAGAUAGCUCACGGAGCGUACUGCGGCGGUGACCUGCAACAUGACAUGGUGCAGCUUAAGUUCGACCGCCCAGUACCCUUGAAGGAGGAUCUCCGUUACGCCAUACGUCUAUGUAACCACGGUGGCCGCACGGCUAACGGCGACUGCGGCCUGCCGUCAGUGAAGGGCCCCGACGGAACCAUGUUCCGCUUCGCCUCCUGCUCGCUCAGCUUCAAUGGCACAACGCUGGCUAGAGGGCAGAUACCCUGCCUCAUUUAUUAUGGGUCAUCAAAAACCCUAUCGAACUCGUCCGAGAGUACGGACAGCUUAAUAACCGCCCUCCGAGCGAUCACUCUCCGCGUUGCCUCCAUCGUGAUGGAGCGAGGGGCCGAACUGUUCUGCACGUUACGCAACGAGCUCACCGCCGAAGACUUGAGGAGGAAUGCCUCAGUCCUGCAGUCCUCCCCGGCUAUACAUAUACUGAUCCCCUAUACACUCGCCAACUUGGAAGGCGUUGAUGAUUCCAAGAGUGUCAUCAAACUACUGGAGAUGAUUCACAAGCUGCUGCCUCACGUGGCAGCUAUGAACUUGCUGGUUCCAGUCAUGGAAGAAAUAUCCACAACCACCGCUCAUUACUACUCGUGGGUCGAGAGCGAACAUCCUUAUAAACAAGCUUCUGUAACCAAUAUGAGAGUACUUUUCCCGCCGAACGUAUCGUGGGUGGUCCUGGAGAUGGAUCCCCGAAGCAUCACAGCUCAGCCGGAGGACUCCCUAACAGUAUACGCAGUGGCGGGUAACCCUAAACACCGGUGUCACUGCGCUAACGAGGUGCGCGUAUCCGAUCCGCCCUUCAGAAAGGUAUAUAAGCGUCUAGUUCAGCUGUCGAACGACGGUGAAGUCGAAGAGAUCGGUAGCGAGGGCGAGGGUGAUGGCGUCUGCAUGCACUACAACUGCACGUACGUCAGCGUCACGCCAAGACUGGCUAACAGCGCCAGCGACUGGCCUCAAAAAGGUCUUCUGAUACCAGGCAACGAAGUCAUCUUCUCCUUAGAGACGGCUUCGGACUACUUGACUGAAUAUAAUAAAUCUAACAACGAGGACAACCGCUUCGGUUUCCGUUGUCUGUGCGUCGGUUACGAAGACACCCCGUUGACAACACUGCGCCAAGGCCUCGUGGCGUUAGAAAUGGAGCUUGUGUACGCCGGCGCCGCUUGCGCAUCCAAACUAUUGGCACCCGAUCUCGAAAUACCUCCGUUGAGCUUUUCGACGUUAGUGGAGGUUCAAGUGCACGCCAUGUUGGGCGGCAGCCCUGUUGGUGAGGGCGAAAUUCCUCAGGACGGGAGUGAGGCCCUCUUACUAUCGCGAGGACUGGAACUGUCCUCCCCUCCUUCCAUACACCAAGUUCUUGAUGGACAGCCGCUGUUGCGCAGGUGCGUCUCAACUGAGCGUCAAUUUUUGACGGAUUUCGUGGCGGGCGCGGAGAGCACGGCCGGCGGGCGGCUCGCGCGCUGGCUGGCGCCUACGUCACGCGUCGAGCCCUCCAAGUGCGAGCUGAAGGCGCCGACGCAGCCCGUGCGCCCCUCUGCUAGACUCACGUUGCCUAUUCUAGUACGAGAUCAAUACGGAGAGAACGUGGCUUCCCCGUCUAUGAAAGUUGAGGUGGUGGUUCAAAAGCUGAACGCGAGCUCCAGUCGCGCGUCGAAUGCUGACGCUCACCGCAUCAAGGUGCCCGACGUGCCCUACCAACCGACUGUCAGAGACACCAUGUCCUUCCACGCCAUCAGUAUGAUGAAGGCCUACCAAAACUUCUCAUUUGAAGAACUCCGCCUCGCUAGCGAGUCUUGGGGCGACGGCGGAGCUAUCGGGGGGACAUUUGUGCACAACGGUCGCAUCCCGGCCGAGCGGCUGCCAGUCAGGGAAAACCCAGAUGGCUCAUACGUAGCCAUGUGGACGCCGAGGUUUGCAGGAGCUUACAUCUUCAGAUGUACUCUCGACGAUUAUCCGGCAUCACAGGAAGUGACAAUAGAAGUUGCGGAGAGCAUAAUGGAUGGUCCCUCGGAGCGCGGCGUGCAAGCCGGUGGCACUCUGCCCUCCACCCCGCCGACGAAGCUGCGACGCUUUGCUGCUCGCUUCAGCGCCGGGCUGCGGGUGAGGGCCAGCCCUAGUCUGCAGGCUGAAGAGCUGGGACGGAUACCGUCCGGCGCCAACAUGGGCUUCGUUGAAGAGGUGGUUAACAAAGACGGGACAUGGGUGAGGCUGAGCGAGGAGUCGGUGCGCGCCUACACUGACGGCGUGACGGAGGUCGCGUGGUGUCUGCAGCACCACCGCCAUCUCGACAGAGCGCUGCUCAUACCCGUCGAGCCAACUACACCGCCGCCGCCGCAGCAAGCAGAGCUGUCUGCCAACUGGAGCGGCUACGGUGACCCGCAAGGAGAUAUGCACUCCUGGUCACAGGACGAAGACGAGAGCGUAUUGACCGGUAAAUUAAGUGAAAUUACCUGCAUCGACGACCGAAAUUUUCCUUAUGGCCAGUUACAGCCCGAUGCCAGUCAGUUUAUGUGCGCGGGCGUCGCCGAACCGUCCAAACGUGGCAGGAUCUUCCGCGCUGACGUCAGCGCUACGUCAUCGUCGGCUUCCUCACCCAAACGUAUCCAACGCCGAAGCAACGGCAACAGUGAUGAGUGGUGGUCGCCUAUCAAACAGCGAUUCGGCGAUAACGGGGGUGAUGGAAAUGUUAUACUGGAGACGGAGAUUGAACCGGAACCGAACCCCGCGACUGAGGCGCGCAGCAGCCGCCUCGCCCAAACCGGCACACAGACAUCACCAGAACGUAGCGAAGAGAGCACGGCCAUGCAGCUCUACAUAGGAUUGGCUAAGCAGGAACAGCAAGGUCGUCUUAGUCCGAAGUCCAUGGCUCGCGAACGGCUCGCGAGUCGCGCCCGUGCGUACAAGCGCGCUAACUCACCGCCGCCACCGCUGCCGUCGCGCGCCGCGCCUGCUCCGCCGCCGCCGAGGAAACACGCGCUCAGCCCCGCGCAGGGAGAGUGCCUCAGAGCUAUCUUCGCUGCUUUGUUGUGGCAUGAAGGCAUCGUCCACGACGCGAUAGCUUGCGCAGCUUUCCUGAAGUUCCACCCUCAGUUGCCGAAGCAAGGCGCGCGGGUGGUCACCCGCCAAGCGCAUGACGUCACUCACGCCCGACACCAGCGACACUCCGUCGAAGUGUCCAACGCUGGACAUUACCUCAAAAUUCACCCGUCGACAUUGGAAGCGCUCACACGCUCCGGCGUCGAAGCGAGCACCAGUCGCAUGCGCAAAACUGAAAUCGAUAUCGCCAUACGAGAGGAAGACCAGCAAGGAACCAGCAAUGAUACAGCUGGUUCAUCUCGAUCCGUCGUUAACGUCCUGCCGCCUGCUUUGCGAGCAUUAGUCGCACUUUGGGACGCCCUGUACGACGCUGAUCAAUUAGCAUCAGCUACUGACAAGCUUAAGAAAGAUGAGAAAAAUGAAAAUGAAGAAGCAAGAUCAUAUAGCGGUAUACGUAGGAAGAGGGAGUGGAAUGUUAAGGGAGGGAAAACUCCUUAUGCAGUCCACUGCGAUCUGUGCGGGGGAAGCAGCGUGCCCCCGCCCCUCGCGUCGCACAUGCGUCACGCCCACCCCGGGUGUCACGCGCCCACCACGAAAGGGUUCGACCGAACGGGAACAUACUUGUCUGCGGACCCACCGGCCGGACAGGAGGACCUGCCACCAUCGCAGUGCGGACAACUCGCGCAAUCUUACCAACUGUGGUACAUGUUUUGCGAGAAGUGCCACGAUAAAUCGAUUAAGGUGGCUUCGUCGAUCAGGCAGACUCGCGCCAAAUGCAUCGCCGACAUAGCUCACUACGACCGUUCUGAUCAACCUUUGACGAUGGACCACUACACCAUGAAGGACAAUGCUGUGUUCUUACUUGAUCUUGCUCCACUUACAAAUUCAGAGCCGAUGAGCCUGUCAGCCUGGCAUGAUAGCACAUCCCGCAGCCCGCCGACACCCCCGGGCAGCGUCUGGCAGCCGGCGCCGCCCUUCCAGUGCCUGCCCGCGUUGGGCGCCGCGCCCAGGACAUACGCGACCUCUGACGCUGCGAGGUACCACUCGCUGGGACGACCGCCGCCGCCGGCUGUUGCGCCCCUGUCAUCGUUCGGUGCUCUGGAGAAUAACAGCGGUUCGAACUGGCCCCGCGUCCACCGCUCCGUGUCUAUGGGGCAAGCCGGCGGACACGACCUCGCGAACGCGGCGAGACCACCGCUAGAGAGGAAUACGCCUAUGGAACAGGAUACACUUAGUGGUGCCGGUUCAUCGCUCUUAUCACAACCAAGCGCCUCCCUCCGCCGUCUGAUCAGCUGUGGCGAGUGGACUGCCGGUUGUUCGCUGUCCGCUUUCGAAGCUCCCCGGGUAGAUGCCGACGCGCUCAUGAACAGCCCCGUCAUGUCAUUCAUACUGGCCAAGCGAGAUCUACACGCACACAGGCAGAAGAUGGACGCCGCUGUACGAAUUAAUACUGUUCGGCAGUACGCUUUUGAGGCAAUGAACUGGCUGCUACGUUCGGCUACGCAGCCAACCUGCGUGCAUGACGUCAUGUGGUGGUUCUGCAACGCGCUCGACAAGUUCGCUCGCAUCGUGCCCCCACCACUCGCCGUUGAUGAUAAUAAAGAGAACGCCGCCAACGAGAACACUCGCGGCGUGAUCCCGACAGCGUCAGCGUCAGCUAUCUGCCCGGGCGGACGGUCAGCCCGCGGGGCCCGCGCCGCCUUCCACGCCUUCCUCGGGUCUGUGAGUGCACUGGCGCCGUCACUACCGCCGGCCAGUGCCGCGGGCUUGCAGGCCGUGCGAUGCUGGGCCGUACACUACUCGCCGCAUGAUAGGAGCUUCUUACAUAGAUCGCAAGUGUUCAGUGUGAUCAGCAAGAUCCUGUCGCACUCGGAGGACGAGGUUUACGAGGAGGGCAUGCUGGGCGCGAUCCACGAGAGCUUCCAUAGCAUACUCAGCAAGGAAUGCUAUGUUUGGAAUUGUCCUGACGUGACCGGUUGGUGCGACAUAAGUGUAUCAUCCCGGCAAGGCAUGGCGGGAGCCCUCACAGAUGGCAGCACUGAGACAUUCUGGGAGUCAGGCGAUGAAGACAGGAACAAGGCCAAGUGGAUACAGAUGACGUACCCGGGAGGGACCGCGGACGACCGCCCGCAUAUACUGUGCGUCCAUCUUGAUAAUACACGGGACACUGUGAACAAGACCUUGCUGGUUUCAUUCCUGUACAGCGGCGGCUCGAGCGAGAUGUUUCACAUGCAGGACGUGGAGGUGGACCCCAAGGCCGCCACGUGGCUCUGCUACACAAUGCCAAGAGUGAGUAGCGCGUCGGUGCGUGUACGGUGCGAGCUGCGCGGCCCCGAGCCGGCCGUGCGCGUGCGGCAGGUGCGCGUGCUCGGGGCCCCGGGCCCGCACGCCGCAGCGGCGGGGACUGCCUCGCAGGCCCUGCAUGCCAUGUCCGAAGCUGAUACACUCAGGGUGUUCCGACUGCUUACGUCACAAGUUUUCGGUAAGCUCUUGGACUGGGACCGAAGUGGCAGCGAGUCGGGUGCUGAAGGCGCCACUGCGGCUGAAGAUGGGGCAACCGUCGAUGAUAGUGAUUUACGUGAACACGUCGUUGGAAUACUGUUCGCGGGACACAAACUUACUACUUUACAGAGACAAGUGAUGACGCACAUAGUAUGCGCGAUCGGUUGCGAGGCGGCCCGCGUGCGUGACGACUGGGAGACGGCGCUGCUGUGCGCGGAGGCCGCCGAGCGAGCCGCCGUGGAGCAGCCCGCGCGCCCGCCGCCGCACCAGCAGGACAACUACUGCUUCGAGAUGUUGUCCUUGUUGUUGGCGCUGAGUGGGAGCGCGGUGGGACGCGCACAUCUUGCUCAACGCACUGAACUGCUCGCUGACUUGUUGGCGCUCUUCCAUACUGGCAGCGAUCGCGUGCAACGACAGGUGAUAUCGCUGCUCCGACGAAUGAUCACAGAAAUACCGCCGCAAAAAAUGCUAGCCGCUGUAAACUAUGGAAGUGAAAAGAAUUCCAGAGUGACGUUACUCGACCACUUGGUCUGCUACUUGGGCAAAGCGAUCACCUUACAAGUGAAGGUCAAGGGCGCGAGCAGUAUGAGCCAGGCCUCCGUGAUGAUGGGCAACAGCGUGAUACAAGCGCCGCCCGCGACAUGGUUCAUGAGAGGAGAGACUACAAAGAAACAUGCGCAUCUAGUUGCAAAGUUACUGUCUGAUAUGGCUGAGGACAAAGUAUCCCCCGCGUGGGGUCUGGAGACACGUCAAGCGCUAGCUAACUACGUGUCUCAAGUGGCACAGAUGCCUGAAGUGGACCGGCGACCAAUCAGGAGCGUGGCCACGCCCACCGUGUGGGUGGCGCUAGCUGCGCUCUGUAUUUGCGAACAGUCUUAUGUUGAACUUAUCAACGGUUCACCCGAGGGUCGCGAGUCCCGGCGCGGCGAGGCCGACGGUCGCUCGCACUGCGCCAACCACGACGACGGCUCUACGGCCGCCGUCAUCGACUGCCGCACCUGUGGCCCGCUGUGCGCCGAGUGCGACCGGUUCUUACAUCUUAACAGAGCUGCUAGGAGCCAUCAUAGACAGAUUUGCAAGGAAGAAGAAAGUGCUAUUCGCAUCGAUAUUCACGAGGGCUGCGGCAGAGCUAAAUUGUUCUGGCUUCUACUUCUUGUCGACCGGCGAACGCUCAAAGCGUUGGCUGAGUUCCGAGGGUUGGAAGGCGGCGUGUGUGACAACCCUGGCGGAGAGAGCUCGAACAUGCUGACGGGCGCAGUGGGACUGACUGGCAUGUGCCGGUUCUGUGGUACUAGGGGAAACUCGGGACUGCUAGCUAUUGGCAACGUGUGUGCUGAUCAACAGUGCCAGGACCACGGCAAAGAGGCUUGCACGCGGGUAUUACCAUGCACCCACCCGUGCGGCGGCGUGCGGGGUGAGCGUGACUGCCUGCCGUGUCUGUUCGGCUGCGCGGGCGGGCCUGACGUGACGCCGCUCAGGCAGGACGCCGACGAUAUGUGCAUGAUCUGCUUCACCGACCCCCUACAGGCGGCACCUGCUAUACAGUUGAAAUGCGGGCACGUAUUUCAUUUGCACUGCUGCAAGAAAGUCCUCGCCAACAAAUGGAUCGGCCCCAGAAUAACAUUUUCGUUCUCACAAUGCCCCAUAUGCAAGGAGGACAUAUGCCACUGGACUCUGGAAGAGUUAUUGGCUCCUAUACGUCGGCUGUACGAGGAGGUGAAGCGCAAGGCCCUGAUGCGGCUGGAGUACGAAGGCUUGGCUCUAGCCGGCGGUGCGCGCGGCCGUGUGUUGCCCGACCCCGCGACCUACGCCAUGGAAAGAUAUGCCUACUACGUGUGCCAUAACUGCGAUAAAGCGUACUUCGGCGGUCUCGCUCGCUGCGAGGCGGAGACUAGCGGCUGGUGGGAGCCGGCCGAGCUGAUCUGCGGCGCGUGUAGCGACGUCGCCGGCGCCAGGAACUGUCCCAAACAUGGCGCUGACUUCCUCGAGUACAAGUGCCGAUAUUGCUGCUCGGUGGCAGUAUUCUUCUGCUUCGGCACGUCGCACUUCUGCAACGCGUGUCACGAUGACUUCCAACGAGUCACCAACAUCCCCAAGCUACAGUUGCCACAGUGCCCAGCUGGUCCCAAAGGCGAGCAGUUACCAGGCUCGUCUGAGGAAUGUCCUCUACACGUGCAGCACCCUCCUACGGGCGAGGAGUUCGCGCUGGGCUGCGGCGUGUGUCGCCACGCACAGGCUUUCUGAAUAAGGGAGUGCGCCCUAGGCGACCACCGCGCCCCCGGAUACUACCGGCAGGCCGAUUAAACAGUGAACAACUAUAGACACUAAAAUAAACACGAUUAGCAAAAAUAAACUUUUAAAUUUGUCAAUACCACCUAAAAUAUCUAUGAAACAAUGAAACAUAAAAUUCCCUGACUAUUUAACUUGAAGGAACGCACUUGCACUGGAUAACUAUUAUAAGUAUUAAUUUACUACAACAAUGAAAUUGUGACUCACUUGGAAUUGACAUUGAAAAGUUAUGGUAAAAGCGCGUAUCCAAAUCUAAAAACACAACACACUUACAUUUUUAAUGUAGUCAUUCGGGAAAGUAAUAAAAUGUAAAGUAAUUUAAUAUUUGGACACGUGCGGUUACCGUAGCUUGCAUACGACGCGUAGACAUCAAUAUUGCUAGAACUUUGUGUAGACUUUGUCAUCGAAUAUAAUACACCUAUCAAUUAAUGUACAGCAAUACGCUCAAGCUAAGCAAAUACGAUUCAAAUAUUGUUAAACAGAUAAAUAUAUUAGGAUUUAAUGUAUUUUCAGUGGAUACAAGUAACAAAAAUGGCGGCCACAUACUGCGGAAGUCGCUUUAGAACUAAAUUUUCUAUUUCUUUGAGUAUCCAUUGAUAAAUAUUACACAGAAUAAGACAUUACGAUAACAGAUUUACAGGACUUUUUGACUGAUUCACAAACGACGGGCUUUUGAUCACGGACAUGCAUGCUUACUAUAUGUUGAGCAACAUUUAAUUCAAUAAUAUUAAGUAUAAUAUUUGUCAGGCUGUUAUAUUAUCGAUAUUAAAAUAUAAACCGCGUGAUGUACCAAUAAAGAUGGGUUUCUAAUAUCGUGGAUUCUUCUAGAAUAAAUAGUCGAAACAAUCACUUUAAUACUUCUGGUCCCAUGAUUCAGAUGCUUUAGGUAUACAGAGAAGACAAAAAUACUUACAUCAUCUUUCUGCGGAGAUAAUAGGACGUUAUAGAAUUUUCAUCUUUAUUAACGUGGCUUAUACGAAACAUUAAAAAAUAAUUGCAUUAAUAUUUCAGUGUUGUCUACAUUAAAAAACGUAAUUAUAAUCGGUUUCGUGUCUAAAACAUAUUUAAAAAUAUCGGAUAAAUUGAUGUGGUUCUGUUCCUCUAAAGUUAGCCCCAUAGUUGACGGUGUCAUAAUAUUCGUAUGUUUACAUUUAUCUACGAUCGAUGUGUAAUUUUUGUGACUUUACAAUGUCCCCUCGGCCUCCGUCCCGCGGAGGUCAGUCCAUAUCUUUAGGAUGUCUACCACUGUCGUUAGACUGACGUUUCGAAGUCAGUAUUCUGACUCUUAUAAGUAGGUGAAUCUAGUUUAAGUCCAUAACUCAACAAUAAUAUUAACAUAUACUUUAAGCGGUUUUUUCUAUACAGCGCUUUAUGUUUCUGACUUGCCAGGGAAUUCUCGUAAUACAAAUCUCAAUAAAUGUACAACUUCUGAAUCUUAAAAAAGCAACAUCAAACAGUUCUUGUCAGAAUUUACAAAACUGACACAUCGAAACACGUAGCUAUGACUACGAGAAUUUUUAAUUAACAAAAUCAUGUGGAUUGGCUGCUUCAAGUGUUUAUGCUUUUCAAUGCAGAAAUAGGCUCUACAUACAGUCGUAUUUAAGUUGUGUGUCUUAGUUUUAAGACUAUUUUUGACAGCUGCGUAAGCGAUUUAUUUCGCCGCUUGACUACUUUUCUAUCAGGCACAGGCUCGAAUCUGUUCCACCCUACUGACAAUAGCUUCCCGACUAGCUUGUUGUAUUACGCUUAUUGGACUAUUUUAUCUAAUUACGAAUAUAAUACAUUGAUAUUGUAGAAAUAGAGGAAUUUUAUUAUUGUUGUACAAUUUAUUCAAGUGUUUAUAGUAGGUCACCGGGUGGAGUUAAUUGUCAAUGAUAUUGGUGCAUGUUCUCAUAUUGUUUAUAUUGUGUCGUUUGCUUUGACUUUAGGUACCUAUAAGUCUGUAUAAAUAUAUAAUUAUUGCUAAGUUUUUAUUGUAUAUCAGCAAUAUUCGAAACAACGAUUAGCUAUCAGUUUUUACGAUGAUUUUAUAGAUUUGUUGUUGUGUCUGUGGGAAGGUGAAGGGGCCGGUAGUGUGCCCGGCUUUUUUGUCGUCCCAUGCCAUAGUUUAUAUAUAUAUUAUAAUCGUGUGUUUUACGUAACCAGCUGGUGAUGGUGUGGCUAAUAAUUCCACCCGGAAUUUCGUUCCUUUUCUUGUGUCAGUACUCAUCACGCGAUGCCACGACCCCGGCUUGCUUCCUUAACCAGUAGAUAUCUAAUACUAACUUUUGUUUCGGUCAAACUUCUUCGGAAAAUGGAAAGUUAUCGCAAAAUGUGGUAUUGGAUCAGCAAUUUUAGAUUAAGACCGCAUUUAAAGACUUAAAGAGUGGAAAUUCGAAUGAAGUGUGCUCGUUGAUGCUUGGAAUAUUAUUAAGGAAAAUAAAAGGAAAAGGGAAAUCGAUGUGAAUGAUUAUGGUUUGGCAGAAAUGAGAUGGAAUCUAAAUAAGAGGCGAUGGUCAUAACUCAUUAGUACUGAGGAAGAGUUGUAUAAAACCUUGUCGCUAGGUGGCGCCACUGUCGCCCCGACUAAACUAGUGACUGUAGUCAAUAUAAAACAACUUGAUAAUAAAACGUUAUGUACCAUCGGUUUUCAACGCGAAGUUUCACCUUUUGUGGUCUGACUAAGAGUAUAAUUUUAAAAAUGAAUUUAUUUAUUAUUAGAUAGAUUUAUCGAAAUGUCUUUUUGAUCAUAAGUUUACAAUGUUAAAUCGUGUUUAACUUAUGUUCUAGUCCUUAUUAAAUUGGCGUCUGUUUGUUGCUAAAUAACGUGUUAUCGUGGGAAAGUGAUUGUCAUAAUAUCACCGGUGUUCAACAUCUAAAGACGUCGUUUUAAUGAUUUUAAUUAUAAAUAAUAAUAAUUAUACUGUUUGUUAAUUUUGUGUCACUGAGUUAAUACUCUCACUUAUGACGCUCUCUUAAUCCCACUGUUUCACAGAAAAUGAGUGUUAUUAGUCAAAAACAUUAUAGUACGAACAAUUUAUUGAUAUCUACCUACUUCAAGUGACCGUUUUACACAAAAAAUAUAUGUGUUAUCAAUAUUGCACCUUAGAUCCUACUUCUGAUGUAGUUACUGACUAGUGGUUAAGAUAAUUAUUUUACAAUAAAGCUUAAAAA